UAGACUCGGCAUCUUCCGGCAAGAUUCGGAAUCCCAGCAGAGAGCCCGCCGACUGAUUCCGCUUCACAUCAAUUGACUCUCCAUUUGCUGUUUGUUUACAUCUAAUCAAUCAAGUCCUAGGCAAGUCUGCAGAAAUGGACACUGCAAAUCAGCUUGCAUCAGCGGGGACCUUCCAAGUGCUUAAACUACCUUUGGGAUUUAUCCGUGUUUUGGAAUGGCUCUUUGCCAUAUUUGCCUUUGCGACAUGUGGAGGCUACUCUGGGCAACUGCGGGUUAGUGUGGACUGCCGGGAGAAGGCCAGCAGCAACCUCAGCAUCGCCAUUGAUUUUGCUUAUCCUUUCAGGUUGCACCAGAUGUCAUUUGAAGUACCCGUGUGUGAGGACCUGCGGAGGGAGCGCCUCUUUCUCACCGGAGACUAUUCAUCCUCUGCGGAGUUCUUCGUCACAAUUGCGGUGUUUGCUUUCCUCUACUCCUUUGUUGCAACCGUGAUCUACAUCUUCUUUCAAAACAAAUACCGUGAAAACAACCGAGGACCUCUCAUUGAUUUUGUAGUGACCGUUGUGUUCUCCUUCAUGUGGCUAGUCAGCUCUUCUGCUUGGGCCAAAGCUCUUUCUGAUGUCAAGGUAGCUACAGAUCCCGAUGAGGUUCAGCUCCUCAUCUCUGCCUGCAAAGUUCAGACCAAUAAAUGCGGCUCAGUCCAGGAACCACGCUGGUCUGGACUCAACACCUCAGUGGUGUUUGGGUUCCUUAAUUUUGUGCUCUGGGCGGGGAACAUUUGGUUUGUCUUCAAGGAGACCGGUUGGCACAAGGGUGCCGGCAGGUUUGUCGGGGGCGGGGCUACCGAGAAGCAGGCUGGCACCUUUACCCAGCAACCUUACAACCAGGGAAGUUUCGAUCGGUCUGGAAGCUGUAACACCCAAGGAGAUCUGGGACAGCCGUCCGAGUACGGUCAGGUUGGAGGUCCCUCCGUUUACGCCCAUCAGAUGUAGCUUGCCUUUUGGUAUCUCUGGUGGCAUUUCUCCAUCUUAAACAAAGCAAUGGGUGAUAGCCAGAGAAGAUAGGAGGUGGAAGAAACAAAAACUGUGAUGAUGGAUAAAAAUGUCGUGAGCUAUUUUACUUCUUUGGUUUAGGCGGCGCUGAAUGCAAUACAGUCGUCCCUCGCAACAAUGUGGUUCAAAUUUUGCGGCUUCCUUUCGACUUCAUCACUUCCUGUCAUAACACACAAGAACAUGAGUCUUAAAUGGCUUAUUUUAUCUGAUAUGACUACUAUAGCGAGUCUAAAGCUGCCUAUAGGGGUGUUAUUUUAUGUCUAUAGGGCUCUAAUCAGGUUCAAACAUAUUUAGAAGGUUGUAAACAGGUUUUUUAAUGCUCUUGUUAUGAAAAGAUUGGAUUUUUAAAUAAGAAAUUGUAGUUGGCAGAUUUUCAUUUAUCACGAUAGGGUCUGGAAUCAAUUAACUACGAUAAACGAGGGAUUACUGUAUUCUUUAUUUCUUUCACAUUAGUGAUUUCUCUGUGAUUGGUCAUCGUUUUUAAAAGGCUUGUGGAAGGAAAAUGUGUUCUGUGUUUACAUAAUCCAAAUGUUCAAAAUGGUGACUUUGUGCAUGAUGUGUUUUUUGUGCAAAUCAACAGUGGAACCUCCAAAGUCAAUCACAGUGCUUUCCGUCAUCAUGGUUUACUUCUAAUUUGUUCUCAUUUCAAUAUAUUUCAAUAAUUAAUCAAUUAAAAUCAGGCUUUCCCAGGGACGGCUCAUUGCAGCACCAUCAUAAAACCUUUUACUAACUGUACAGGAAUGGCUUAUAUUACAUUGUUACACUUUAGUAAUCACACUCAUCUUUUAUUGUAAACAACAAAUGUCACAAAAAGAUUCUUGCAUUUAUUUGAAAGGAGACUGCAGCCAAGCGGAGU